UCUGUUGCAGUCAUUAUCUGGGGAGCGGAUGCACAGGGCUCUAUGGGGACUGCUAAUGGGCCGAUUCAAUUUCAGCUGGAUGACGCCACUUAGGAUUUUUAGAUGUGCCCUGAUGCCACAGAGUCUCCUUACUCCUGGAAAUGCAGCUUUCUUCCAGUGCGGCUGAACUCAGUUGUGACGAGACAAUGGACCCACCUGCUGAGGACUUCCAACAGGUCCUGUCCAUUGACCAAAUCCGCUCCAUCCGUGCCAGCAACAACUACGUGGAGAGACCGGCUGUUUGCUUCCAGCAAGCUCACUCCAAUCCAUCCCUGUCACAGACACCACACAAGCAGGAGUGGUCUCAGGACCGCCUGCUGUCUUCCACCUUCCAGGACCUGCACCGCAGCCACAGCCAACAGCACCAGAUGCCACCUUUGCAGCAGCACAUGAGCCAUUCCAGCACGGCCAGCUCCGUGUCCCAAAGCACCACUGCCUCGGACCAGCGGCUCCUGAGCAGCCUCACACCUUCCCACUCUGGACACUCCCUCAUCCGCACGCAGCCCAGAGCUGGUGAGCUGAAGCCAGAGGAAUCGCCGCUGAAGGGGGUGGUGGAGAAGCCAACCCUCCACACAGGGCACCUCUUCAUUUGCGAGGAGUGUGGGAGGUGCAAAUGUGCCCGCUGCACAGCUGCCCGCAGCCUACCCUCCUGCUGGCUUUGCAACCAGCGCUGCCUCUGCUCCCCAGAGAGCCUCCUCGAUUAUGGGACUUGCCUUUGCUGCGUCAAGGGUCUCUUCUACCACUGCUCCACUGACGAUGAGGAUACCUGUGCUGACGACCCCUGCUCCUGUGGGCCGGGAUCCUGCUGUGCCCGCUGGGCUGCCAUGAGCUUCCUCUCUCUCCUCAUGCCCUGCCUCUGCUGCUACUUUCCUACCCUGGGGUGCCUCAAACUUUGCCAGCGGGGUUAUGAUGGCCUGAAACGACCUGGCUGCCGCUGCCAGAACCACACCAACACAGUCUGCAGAAAAAUCUCCUCCUCCAGUGGCACACCCUUCCCCAAGACACUGGAUAAGCCGAGGUAGCCUCUGAAUCCUCACCUAGUUUUGGCCCAUUGGCAUGUCACACCAACACCAGCGUCACACCAGCUGGCAAAUCCUGCUGCAUUGCUGAGGGUAUUCUGCAAGGGUGGCCACCUGCUGCAAACUGGAGAUGGGUCUGAACCAACCCCUCAGGCUGGGCCAUCUGCAGACCAGAAGGAAACCUGAAUCUGGGUCAGUGCUUCAUGGUUUACUUGCUGUGACUAUAAUAAGCCAAACCUAGUCCCUGUAGUUGGGAGGGAGUUGGAGGGAGCAGUUCCUGGAGCUAGACCCAGCCCCAUCUCUGCUUGCAAACAUGUGAUGCCAAGUCUCAGCUGUGACCCCUGCUGACAUCCGCCUGACAUUGGCCUGGGGAAUUUAGAGCCAGGCUGAUUUUCUAGUGCUUGGCCCUGCCUGCCUGGCCUUCUUCCGAGACGUUGGAGUGCAGGUGUGUGUGCGGAGGGAAGCGAACGGUUCCCCUGGAGAAAUAUAUGCAACAUGUCCCUCAGCUUCUUCCAAGACCCUGCCAUCCAAGGCUUGUCCAUUGCAUACACUCAGCCACCUCUUUAUGUAGAAUUCUGUGGAUCUAUUUUUGUAUAUAUAAAUAUAACUUUAGGAUGGCUAGGACUAUUACUAAUAAUAUUCAUGAUACUGCUGUGAAUGGUGCCAGAUGAAAGGUUCGGCUUCCUGGUAUGCUUGCACAUGCUGGAUGAUGAUUUCUCAGUCUCUUUAUUGAUAAUCCUAGAUCUUUAUUUCCUAGGUAGUUGGGAGAAAGGGAAAGGGAGGUUUUACAGAUUGUCCUAGUAGGCUUUCGCUUUGCAGAGAGUGGGUAGGAUUCAGCGCUGGCUCUGGGGUGGGGCAGGAGUUAAGCUAUCACACUGGGAUUCCUCUUUUUUAACAUUUGCUAUCCAGAAAUAUGGGGUGAUCCAAGCUCCCUCUGUUGCAGAGAAAGGCAGUUCCAGAGUGUGGUAUAUCCCAUUUGAAAGUACAAGGGAUAAAUUAUCUUCUGAUGGUGCCUGUCUCCCUUGACUGUAAGAGAUCAAAAUGUUGAGCUCUUAGUUCCCUGAGGAAGGGGAGAUGAACCUCAUCCCUGGCGUGAAGCUUGUGUCUGGUGUGUGUUACUUGCAUGACUAAAGUCCUGACACCGACUUCACUUAGGGUGUGAGGGAGGUUGUUGAAAGAUACUUUCUCUGACCAAAGGCAGAGCCUGUUUCCAUAAGCUGUGGAGAAUUCAGGAUGAUGCUCUGGGUUAUAUUGAAUACUCCCUGGCAUUAAGGAGGGAGAGGCCCGUGCCCAUGAAGUUUUUAGGUCCUCUGAGGCCAGUUCUGGACUCUGAAAUCGUUUGGGUUUUAAGGCAUUGACCUCCUCAGAGCAUUUCCUGUAGGUAUAAGUGUGCGUACCCCCAUAAGAUCUGUCCAUGUCUCUGUGGCAUCAAUUAUAAAAUAUAUUGCAAGCAUAUUAACCCAUAUGCCAAUAAUUGCUUGGCUUCCUAUUUUCAAGUGAUGUCUGGGGGGAGAGACUUCCACCAAGAGGUAUCCUUCUUUUUGAACACUCAGUUCACUUUUCUAUUGGUGCUAGUUAAACUCCUUCUUCCUAACAAACUUUUUAGGGGAGAUGAUCCUUUUUUCAUUGAGGAUUUGAGGAACUAGUUUACUUCAAUGAGAAUGUGAAAUAGAUCAUUGAAACUUUUUAAAGAAAACUAAUGAACAGAAUUUUCCAACUUGCUCUACUUUGAUUUUUUUUUUCCGCCUUUCUAAAUGAAUCCUACUUGUAAAUUUAGUUACCACCUCUGUAUCUUUGCAAUUCGUUGCUUCCUCUCCUGAUGGUGGAAUGACUCAACAUAUGAAGUCUCAUCAUUUUCAUGGCCUCCUAAGUCAUGCACAUACAGGGUGACCUCCCCCAAGUGCUGGAGCUGUAGGAUGAGAACAUCACUGUCCACAUAUCAGAUCCUUACAGCAAGUUUCGCUUGGCACUAGCACGGUGAGGUGGAGUCCUGCACUACUAUUGCAGCAUAUUUGCCUCCCAUAACUGGUGGGAGGCCAGGAUGCCUGCCAAUAGCCUUCUGUCUAAUAGGCUUUUUCUGGGUCAGUGCGGAAGUCCCGUUGCUAAUGGCAAAACAUGCCACAGCCUAGGUGCAGGGCUGAGGAGUCUGGCCAGGUCUCUUGAAUGUCUCAUCUCAAAGAAGUGACAAACCUGUGCAAUAUGUUUUGUAAAAUAGGGGACACAGAAGGAAACUGGAGCAGGAGAGAGCCCCUGAUCAGUGCAGAGGAGUUCGGUGCAGGGCUUUGGUUUGACUGCGUUGAGGGUAAAAUGUAGAUCAUGUCCAGGCCUGGUUGUUGCAGAUGCUAGAGCAGUUUAGAGCUGUCUGGUCCCUACACUGUUCACGGAGGCAGGUGGCUUCACAGAACGUUAACUGCUUCCCAUUCCUGGAGGGGCCUCAGCUGGCUCCCGUUAUUUAGGCUCAGCAGAGAAGACAGAUUGGAAUUUGCCAAAAGUUUUCCAAAGGAGGCCAGGACUAGUUGGUCUAGUUCCCUGAGCAUAUGUGGUGUCAGGCAGGCCAUGGUUCAGGCUCUCUGUGCUUUCCUCAAUGUCUUCAGACCAGAUGAGUCCUGCUCCCUCCUGCUCCAGUCCUUCCUGCUCCCUCCCCAUCUCUGGCUGUCAGAUAGUUUGGUUUCCCUUUAGAUAGGACUUCAGUUUUGGUUGGGGUUAUGAGCCCCUUUCCUGCCCCACCCUGCAAUGAGUCAGAUGACAUCUGCUCCAGAUGUUUGUUUGCAGCUGCUUGUCCUAGCAGUUUGGGUUUAUCUCUGUCCCAACGUGUCUUUUUUCAUUUUGUUUUUGGAGAGUCACAUGCUGAAUUCUCUGUUUUCCCUGUGCCCUUGUGAUUUGACUAGGACAGAUAUGCUUUGCGAGAGGACAUAUCUCUGUUUUGUGUGCCAGUGCUGGUCAUGGGCCCCUUUGCCAGGAAGCAUGAAGGGCUUUAGGGCAAACUUAGGAAAUGAGAGACUCAGGUGCCAAAGGAGCAGGACACAGGGCAGGAGCUACAGAGCAGGUCCUGAACUCCCCUUGCUCUGCUCCCCAUUCAAGAACCUGCUCUUUUCUUCCUAGCAGAAGUCUAAUGGAGACCUGGAGGGCAAGAUAUGUGAGAGGUGUGCAGCCCUAUCCACACAAGAGCUCCUGCUGGCUCCUGCUUUGUGUCAGGGCUUCCCUUGGCCCCAGUUCUCUCCUUCCUGCGGGCAAGUGCAUGAUCAGUCCCAGCCCUGGCUAGGAGGGAGCACUGGGGACCCAGCUGGAGUCUCCCUCCCAUCCCAACACCCCCAGCAUUCCCAGUGGAAAGGCAGAAGCUGUCCUCUGGGCCCUUGAGUUGCUGCUCGGGCUGCCACCCCUCCCUGAUGAUCCUCGGUGCCUUGCAUCGAAGCACCCACUUCCAGCCAAGUACCUCAGAGAGUAGUUAGUUGGUUGUUUUUUUGUUUGUUUUUGUUUUUUUUUUUGGGGGG